AAUAAAAUAUGGCGGGCGGCCAUUAUUUCGCUUGUUUCUGUUGAGUGAGCACGCUGCAGUGUUUAGACGACAGUUCUGUUACAAAUUACUGAUUUACCGGUAUUAAUACGUUAGCCUGUGUGAAUAUUUAUUAAAUCACAGAGAAUUUUACUUACAAUUUGUGUUUUUGUGCAUAUUUUAGGCUACAAUGCGUCGUAAGAGUGAGCGUACCGCAAGUAAAAAGGGUAAGGCUUCCCCAGAAAAGAAAAUUGAAAAAGUCAAACGCACAAGAACCAGCAGACGUAGAAAGCAGUCUUCAUCUUCAGAAAACGAAUCUGCCGAUGAUGGAAGUCCAGUGAGAGAAGUUGAGAGCGUCAGUGAACCUGAAAAGAAGCCUCCAUCAACACCCGCUAAAGAGGAUAGCCCUGAAGAGGCUCAAGAUCAGGUAUGGCGCGUUAAAACUACUGAGGCAUCUGGUGAUAUAAAAAAGUUAAAGAUAUGUUUGACGCGUCCACCAUCCACACCUGAACGAGUCGAUAGAUCUCCUCGCAGUAAAAGAAAGCAUUCACGAGCGACAAGCUCCAGUGAUACACCCAGCGUGGAGGGCGUUGAAGAAAAAAAGAAGUCUAAACAUCGUUCUAAACGUGCUCUUCGAGGUUCAAAAGAUGAUACAGAUAAAAAUAAUGAUAGUCAGGGAGAUGAGCCCGAUCAGGAAUCCGCACAAUCCCAAGACCAAGAUAAAUCUAGUGAUGAGGUAACUCAAAGUGAAACUAUUGAAGAUGCUGAAACACCAGUGUCCACAACUAAUGAAGAAAUGAAGGGGGAUGAAUCCAAAAACUUAUCACAAAACAGUGAAGAUAAACCUGAAAGUAAAGAAAAUACCACAAGUGAGCAAGAGGACACAGAAAAAGCUUCAGAUGCUGAUACAACUGUUGUUUCACCCAAACAUGAAACAAGAGUUGCAUCACCAUCAGCUGAAGUAAAUCCUGAACCUAAUUCAGACAACCAAGAAGAGCAACCAUCUAAUAGUACUGAAAAUAAAAGUCAAGAGGAUACCAAUCUAGUUGAAAAAGAAAGCCCUAGACGGACAAGAAGUGAGUCAGUUGACAAAUCAGAGGUCCUUGAAUUACAUGCUGAUGAGAGUAAGUGUGAAUCUUCUGAUAAUGAGGCAAGCCAGUCUAAAACUGAACUUGAACAAGAAUCAAAUAAGAAGGAUGAAACUGAAAAAGAAAAACACAAUGUGAUCCAAGAGGAAAAGAAACCCAUUGAAUCCGAAGAAGAGAAACCUAUUGUACCCCAAAGUGAAGAAAAACCUACCAUGCCCGAAGAUGAAGAAAAACCUUCCGUGGCCCAAGAUGAGGAGAAACCAGCAUCUGAAGAACAAAAGGUAAGUAUAAUAAAUGAAGAAAAUAUUAGUAAAGAAACUGAGAAAGUUGAAUCUGACAGGAAAGAAGCUAUUAAUGAAACUGAUGUUGUAGUGAGUUCUGAGAAGGUAAAUAAAGAACAAGAAAGAAAAACAUCAAAUGAUUCUGCAAUUCAACCUAUGGAGACGGAGACACCUAAAGUUGAAGCUGAACCAGCACCACAGCAGCCCAAAGAGUUGCAGCGCUCAGAUUCUGUUAAGUCCACAAAAGAGGAACCUGUUGCUAAUGGUCAAUCUGCCCCAGCUGUAGUAGCCAGGAAGAGGAGAUGGGGAUCAAGGAGUUCUAAACUUACAACACAGAAAUCAAUAACAAUUUCGACUGAUGUAUUGAGAGACAUAAUACCUGAUGUAAAACCUGUUGAGUUUGAUGAAGUUAUAGAAGAGAAAAAACAUAGAAGAAUAGAGACUCAGGAAAGAAUUGAAAGACCAGUGCUUCCAAAAAUUAUUAUUGAUAACACUGAUAAUGUGGAAUUGAAGAAGGAAUCUGAGGAGGAACAAGAUCCUCACACUCCUAAGCCAAGAGAUUUAGCUUCCAAUAGAAAAAUAUCAAUAAUUAAGGAUAAUGAUAGUAUAAUAGCAAGACCACCAAGCCCACCCAGAAAUAAACAGUCAUGUAUUUUAUAUAUCACAAAUCUGGUGAGACCAUUUACACUACCACAGUUGAAGAAUUUGCUACAGAGGACAGGAAGAAUUGUAGAGAAUGGCUUUUGGAUAGAUAGAAUUAAAUCAAAGUGCUUUGUGGAAUAUGAGACUGAAGACCAAGCUGUGGAGACAAGACAUGCCUUGCAUGGUGUUACGUGGCCCGUCUCAAACCCAAAGACUCUUCAAGUGGACUUUUCCACACAAGAAGCUUUUGAGAAGGCCAAAUCUAAUGAAGAGACAGAUGCUACACCAGUAUCUACAAUUCCUGGAACUGUUGAGGAUUGGCUUCGGGAGCAAGAUAUGAAGAGAGAUCGAGGGGAUUUGGAAAAACCAUGGGAAAGGAAAACAGCUACGCGAGAAUGGGAUCUUGGAAAGAAUGAAAAAGACAAGGACAAUAAAGAUAAUAAAUCAAAGCGCGAAGAACGGCCGGCUGAUAAGAGAAGACAUCGCUCCCAAGAGAAAAGCCCUGAGCCUGCAAGGAAAUUCAAGAAGAAAGAAGAAGAAGCACCCGCUAAACUGUUGGAUGACCUAUUUAGAAAGACUAAAACAACUCCAUGCAUAUACUGGUUGCCGCUCUCAGCUGAAACGAUAGCAAUAAAGGAAGAACAGCGGCGCCAGCACAUGGCAGAGCACGAACGAAGACUGCAGGAGCUGCGCCGAACGCACCGCCGUCACUAUCACUUGAUCAAAACGAGCAGGGGACGUCCGCUGUGGGAAACAGAUGCACUACGAUUGACAUCAUUCCACUUGACAUUGCGUCGAUGUGCGCCUUUCGGCCAAGAAUUGUACCGCUGGCCGAUCGGAGCCAGUUGUGUUGGCGAUUACAAACGCCAACCACUAAAUUUAGGAGGAGCAGAAUCCAUAAUGGCGCGGUUGAUGUGGUUCCUGCUGGUGGCGGUAGUGGCGUCUGCCACAGCGCAGCAGAACUUCACACUUGAAGAGUUUGUGAUGGGGCAGUUCGCUCAAAGGGGAUUUACCGGCCGAUGGAUUUCAGACACUCACUUCACUUACACUGAGGCGGAUCACCCGGCAGUCUGGCAGUAUGAUUGCAGUGAGAAUGUAAGGUCAGAACUCGUGGCGGGAGAUAUUAUGGAAGAACUGGAAACCAGCAAUCCUAUCCUUUCACCUGACGGGGAUUAUAUUUUAGCUUCGCGGGAAGUUCAGUCGGUGUACCGGUAUUCUACGACUGCUAGAUACACGCUUUUUAAUGUCCAUAAUCAGCACAAGGUUCUAGUGGGUAAUAAUGAGCGCCUGCAGCUUUGUAUCUUCGGUGGCAAUGGGCACGCCCUGGCGUACGUGUAUGGCAACAACCUCUACUAUCUCGCGAACAGCGACGCACAGCCUAUUGCUAUCACCACCGACGGCAUCGAGGGCGUCGUCUACAAUGGGCACACCGACUGGGUGUACGAAGAGGACGUCAUGUACACCGGUCAGGCGACCUGGUUUUCCACCGAUGGCUCCUACUUGGCAUUUGCAACCUUUGACGACACCGGUGUUGAAGACUACUCCUACUACUACUAUACUGAUAGUGAGAAUGAUGGUGAAGCGUUCCUUUACCCAAAACUCUUCGACCUCAGGUACCCCAAGGUGGGCUAUGACAACCCUGCAGUGAAACUUCGCGUGGUGAACUUGGCCCAGCUGGUGGCUAACCCAACAAGCCCCAGUUUCAUCAAUAUGAAUGCUCCGGAGGCCGUGACCACGGACCACAUCCUGGGCGGAGUCACCUGGAUCAACAACAAUGAGAUCGCUAUCCAUUGGAUGAACAGGCGACAAAACUAUUCUGUGCUACAGAUCUGCAACGUCAUCACUAACAAUUGUGCGGAGGAGCAUAGGCAGGAGCCGAAAGGUUGGAUCCCGUUGGCGCUGCCUCGGUUCAGUAAGGAUGGGUCUUUCUACAUAUCGACGCGGUGGUCGCAGCCUCAGGCCGACGGCAUGAUCUGGCAGCACUUGUUCCUCAGCUUGAGGGUCGGUAACGAAAUAAUCUCCACCUCCAUCUCCCCUGGAGCAUCCACCAUCAACAACUUCAUCGGAAUGGACGAAUCACCCAACCGUUUAGCUUUUUACUACACGCGCACGAUGCCAGACAAGCCGUGGCAGACGGAGGUCUGCAUGGCAGGAGCGAAUGAUCGUUGCUUCAGUGAUAAUAUGACGCUACCUGACGGGGGUCCCUGCACCUGGGCCACCGCCACCCUCAGCCUGGGAGGCUCCUACAUGACCAUCACCUGUUCUUCCCCUGAGGAACCUUCUGCUACUUAUAUUAUCGAUCUUAAGAACGAUAAGCCGCCUGUGAUAUGGGAGGCGAACGACAUCGUGCGCCAGCGUUUGGUGGGCAAGGCGAGGUGGGGGAGCAUCAUCACGACUGUGCCCCUGGAGAACGGCUUCCCAGCCCCCGUCAGACUACUCCUGCCCCCAGGACUGGACGUCAACGACGCCACCACUAAAUACCCCGUCGUAUUCUACGUGUACUCCGGACCUAAUACCAACACUGUCUUUAAUACCUUCACUGUUGGUUACCACUCGUACCUGACCACCAGCCGCAACAUCAUCUACAUGUUGGCGGACGGCCGCGGCUCCGGUCUCAAGGGACAGGACAUUCUCUUCUCACUCAACAACGCACUCGGUACCGUCGAGGUAGAGGACCACUUCGUCAUCCUCAGGAAAGUAUUGGACAAGUAUCCGUUCAUGGACCGCACGAGGGUCGGUAUCUGGGGCCACAGCUAUGGUGGUUACGCGACUCUCCUCACGAUGCUGAAGGAUGACGAGGGACUCUUCCAGUGCGGUGUCUCCGGAGCUCCUGUUACCUCCUGGCUCUAUUAUAAUACGAUGUACACGGAGCGUUACAUGGGCCUACCUACUGAGGAGGACAACCUCAAGGGUUACCAAGCUGGUGACGUCACGCUCCUAGCGGAGAAGCUCCGCGGGCAUGACUUCUUCAUCAUGCACGGGAACGCUGACGACAAUGUCCAUUAUCAGAACGCUGCUAAGCUGAUCAAGGCUUUACAAGAACUGGACAUUCCAUUCGAACAGAUGUCAUAUCCUGAUGAAGCCCACAGUCUGUCCGGAGUCAACCUGCACAGAUACCACGCAAUGGAUCGCUACUGGAACCGUUGCUUGAGGCUGCAAGAAUGGGACUAAUAGCAUUUACUUAUUUAUUACCUAAUACGCUAUUUAUAGGACAACCUAUAAAGGCGAUUUUCGCGUGCAGUGCCGAUUAAAUUAUGAAACUAUGUUAACAUGAUAUUAAUGAUAUUUUUAUUUCAAGCAAAUAUGUGUCACAUAGAUUUGUUUAUAAGGUACAUAAUUAUGUGUAAAGCAAAUCAUAUUGUUGACAUGUUAUUUGGGGUUACCUAAGGGUAUUUUAAUAGAAAUGGAUUGUAAAGAUAAUUGUAUUUAUACCUGUUAGUCGUUCAGUUACAUGAUAAGUUUUGUAUUAUAACAAACAAUAAAAUAUGUUUUCUAACAA